UUUCCUAAUGGAAAAAUGUCGGGAAAGCUAUAGAUUCAGGGUCAGAACCGAGUAUAAAAGCAGCUAUCGCGGGAUUAAUUGGCAGUCUUACAAUUAAGGUGAUAGACAACGCUGAAGAAUAAAGCAGCAACCAUGAAAUAUUUGGCUGUUCUGGUAUCAAUCGUGUCGGUUUGCUCAGCUGCACCGAGUCUUGUCAGCCCACUCGUGGGUGCUGUAAGCGUAGCUGGUGCCCAUGUAGGAUCAGCGGUCGUUGCUGGUCCCGCAGCUGGAGCAGUUAAAGUAGCUGGACCAGUUGCUGGACCUGCAGUAGUCACUGGAGCCGUAGCCGGCCCGAGUGCCGUUGUUGGUUCGGUUGCUGGACCUACUGUCGUUUCUGAACCGGGACUGGGCGUUGUCGUUGGUAAUGCGCUCGUUGCCCCUGCACUCGCUGCACCUGCAGUGGUAGCGGCAGCUCCAGCAGCCGCGGUUGUCGCUGGACCAGCAGCAUCCACUGUCGUCGCUGGCCCCGUUACCAAAACAGCGGUAAUCGGAGCUUCAUCCUCCGCGGUUAUCGCCGGAGGUCACGCCUGGUAUACAGAUUACGAGAUCGUCCAACUUCAACGUAUAAAAGCAUCAGUCACCAGUCAGCUGAAGACAGAUACAGCAAUCAACAUGAAAUACUUGGUCGUCCUUGUUGCCGCCCUGGCCGUCGCCUCAGCUAGCCCCGAGCGCGAACGUCGUUCCCUAGCCUGGGGACACAAUGGUGCAGUGGUGUUGGGUGGUGUGUUACCUGGAGUGGCAGUAGCUGGACCAGUGGCUCCUUCGGCUGCGGUUAUCGGACCUGUCGCUGCACCAGCAGCCGUGGUUGGGCCUGCUGCAGGUGCUGCCGCAGUAGUUGGGCCUGCUGCUGGCUCUGCCGCCGUCGUGGGACCGGCUGCCGGUUCCGCGGUGGUCGCUGGUCCCGCAGGAACCGUGGUGGCGCCAGGAGCCGGUCUACUGUGGUAGAACGUCAACCGUAACCCUGGAUUCUCCAAGACAACUCGAACGAUCUCUCUCGUGAACCUGAAAGCGGCUACUCAUCGAUCUCCAUCCGCAGGACUUCGAUCCAAGCUCAGCGUUGUUCGAUAACAGAACACAUCUCCUGAUAUCGAGAACGAUGGAACAACGACAACUCUUUUUUAUUUAUAAAUUAAAUCUGUUCGAUAAGAGUUAAACGAACAACGCGUUCGAGUUUCUACGAGGUUCUUUCGCGAAUUUUUCUUCUUGUAACUAGCCAUAUUCUUGUUACGCUUUUGUACAUUAAUAAAUGAAGCUCCAUUGUACAGUCA